GGGAUCACCAAGGAUAUGGUCAAAAGAGCUCAACGGACUGCACAUUUUCGACUAGUGAUUUUGGAUGGGAAGGUCUACUUGGAGAAGUUUAGGCCAGCUUUUCAGACCCGGGAUGUGUUCACUCUGUGGGGUAUAUUACAGCUUCUCAGAUGGUACCCUGGAAAGCUUCCUGAUUUGGAGCUGAUGUUCAAUUGUGACGAUCGGCCUAUCAUCCAAUUGAGGGACUUUCCCCACCCCAUACCAGGCCCUCCACCAUUGUUUGGAUACUGUAGAGAUCGGAGGACAUUGGACAUCGUUUUCCCAGAUUGGUCUUUUUGGGGAUGGGUCGAGACGAAUAUAAAGCCAUGGAGAUAUGUGUUGAAGGACAUAGAAGAAAGCAAUAAGAGGAUGACAUGGUCGGACAGAAAGCCAUAUGCUUACUGGAGAGGGAAUCCAUCCGUGGGUCAAACCAGAAAAGACCUUCUCAAGUGUAACGUUACCGAGAAACAUGACUGGAACACACGGGUUUACAUUCAGGACUGGGGUCAAGAAUCUAAACAAGGGUAUAAGCACUCCAAUUUAGAGGAUCAGUGCGCUCACCGAUACAAGAUAUACAUCGAAGGCUGGGCGUGGUCCGUGAGUGAGAAGUACAUCUUGGCAUGCAACUCCAUGACCUUGCUAAUCAAGCCUCAGUACAUCGAUUUCUUCACUAGAGGCCUCGUUCCAUUGCAGCAUUACUGGCCGAUCAGGGACGACACCAAGUGCACCUCCCUCAAGUUUGCUGUCGAGUGGGGCAACAAUCAUACCGACAAGGCAAAGGUCAUUGGAGAAGCCGGGAGCCGCUUCAUAUAUGAGGAUCUAAAGAUGGAGUAUGUCUACAACUACAUGUAUCACUUGUUCAAUGAAUACGCAAAGCUUUUCAGGUACAAGCCCGCCAUACCAAAAGGCGCCGUGGAGCUAUGCUCGGAGGCGAUGGCGUGCCCCACGAACGGGACGUACAGGAAAUUCAUGUUGGAUUCGAUGACGAAGUCGCCGAGCCGAGCAUCGCCUUGUUCCCUGCCUCCUCCAUAUGACCCUCCUUCGCUUGAAGCUUUCAUCGAGAGCAAAGCUAACUUGUCUUGGCAGGUGGAGACAUGGGAAGAUGAGUAUUGGCAGGGUGUCAACAAGAUCAGCAAGAGGCAAUAGGGAAAGAAAAGAUAUGGACAGAGUUGAUAUACAGUGACAAUUGUGUCUGGCAACUUGUGAACUUCUCGCGUA